AAAAUAACAAUGUCAUCGUUCUUCUAUGCGGAGAACUGUGUAUUUAUUUUAUUUUUAUUUUUGCGUCAUAAUUUUAUCUCAUUUUUUAAGUCGUUAAAACACGUCUGAACAAUAAGAGAAUAAUUUUAACAAAACUGAUAAUAUAGACACACAAUACUAUUUAAGGGAUUCAUUUAUGAGACAGAAUGUUAGUAUUGAUGUCUCGUGAUUCGAUGAGCACUUGUAGCGAAACAGAACUAAUAUGACGAAAUUUACGAUCGUGGCCUUAGUGCAAGUGACCGUCUUGUUUGUAAUGCAGGUAUCCGUAGAACCAUGCAGCGACGAAUUCAUCAAGGAAAUGAUAGUGAAAGUUUGUGGAAUGAGUGAAAUAAAACGUUCAUUCCCUGAUAACAGCCGCGCCAGCUCGUCGUUAAGCCCAAAUUUUAAGGGCAUGUUGACUGACGUCGAACGCGAAUUCAAACAUUUGGUCGAAGGCAUCGAAGAAGUAGACUUGCUGCUGAAAACAUCUAAUAAGAAAAAACCAAAAGAACCAAACGUCACUCCACUGUGGCUGCGUCCAAUUAUUUUACCGGGUUUCGGAGACGACAGAUCGAGACACGUGAAAAUGCGUGGUGACACCGGAAAGGCCGCCAUUAGAAAACGGGGAGUGAUGCAGGUGUUCAGAGAGUGCUGCGUCAAGAAGACGUGUUCAGUCGGAGAUUUAAACCGUAUAUGCGAGAAGAAAUAAACAAUAUGAUUAAUAACAUUUUAACACACCUUGCUUUAUUAAAUUAUGGUUAAUAAUUAUUAUCAGUAGUCAGUACGUUAUAUAUAUAAAAAAAAAAAUACACAAAUAAUUAUUUGUAUUUUUUUUUAAAAAUAUAUUAUAUUUCAUGUUCCAUAUAAUGGAGCUAUUAUAUAAAUUUCCGUAAAAUCACAGACUCGUUUUUAUAAUAAUUUUUUAAAAAUCGUUAUUUAUAUUAUAUUCACCGACAAUCGUUUAUCGUGAACUAAAAUCGUGCAAACUUAACACAGGAACUAACGACUUAUUAUACUUAUAAAAAUAAAUUAAAAUUAACACAGUAGGACUUUAGUCAAUAUUUUGUUUUUAAUUCUUCGGUUUUGCGCGGCGCAUUGGUUACAAAGAAAAAAAUAAAACUGUAUCGUUAUAGGUACACAGCAUAUUGUGUACGUAUAAUGUAAGUAUGCAUAUAUAAAUAUAUAUAUAUAUGCAUAAAGAAUUAUAUAUAUAUAUAUAU